AAUGGCGGACAAGACAGCGCCUGAUUGCAGGCUACGCUUAGAGUGGGUUUAUGGUUAUCGAGGGCAUCAGUGCAGAAAUAAUCUUUAUUAUACUGCAAACAAAAACAUAGUUUAUUUUGUUGCAGGAGUAGGUAUAGUUUAUAAUGUUCGUGAGCAUAAACAGAGAUUCUUUCUCGGACACAACGAUGACAUCGUGAGUUUGGCCCUGCAUCCAGAUAAAACAAUGGUAGCUACUGGUCAAAUUGGGGAACCUUGUUAUAUAUGUGUUUGGGACUCAGCUACAUUGGAUACUGUUUCAAUUCUGAAAGAUGGGCAUAAAGAUGGCAUUGCAUCUAUGAGUUUUGACAAAUCAGGAAAUAGACUUGUUUCAGUUGGGCUUGACAAAGCAUCAACCAUUGUUGUGUGGGAAUGGCGUAAAGGAAAAAUAAUUGCAACCGUACCAACCCAGAUAGAAAAGAUAUUUGAUAUUCAGUUUAACCCAUUCAAAGACAACACAAUAGUGUCUGCUGGUGUUAAGCAUAUUGUUUUUUGGACAAUAUGUGGCAAUGCUUUAACCCCUGCUAAAGCUGUAUUUGGCAAAGCUGGUGAAAUUCAAACAAUGCUCUCCCUUGCUUUCGGACCAGAAAAUGCAACAUAUUCUGCAACUUUGAGUGGCGAUCUUUAUGUGUGGAAAGAAAAUAACCUUGAUAGGAUCAUUUCAGCAGCUCACAAUGGGCCAAUUUAUACGCUAGAUAUGACUGGUGAAGGCUUUGCAACUGGUGGCAAAGAUGGAAAUGUUAAACUAUGGGACAUGGAAUUCAAACCAAUUACAACUAUAAAUAUUGCCAAUUCUAGUGUUGGAUACUCAGGACUUGUCAUUCGAGCAGUUUGUUGGCGAGGGGAUCAACUCCUCAUUGGGACACAGGAUGGAGAAAUAUUUGAAGUGCUGGUCAAGAACAAAGACAAACCAAAAUGUCUGGUACAAGGCCAUGCUGAGGGGGAGAUGUGGGCUUUGGCUGUCCACCCCAAAAAGCCUAUUUUUGUCACAGGCAGUGAUGACCAAACAAUAAGGAUGUGGAACAUGUCCAAUUUUGAACUCCUUUCAAAAUGUGCUCUCGAUCAAAAGGUACGGUCCUGUGCUUUUGAUCCUGAAGGUCAAAAUAUAGCAGUUGGAUUAACUGAUGGCUCAUUUACAGUUUUGCGGGCCAGAGACUUGUCUGAGCUGAUUCACAUCAAAGACCGUAAAGAAGUCUGUCAUGAAGUCAAAUAUUCUCCCUGCGGCAAAUUUUUAGCUGUCGGCUCCAAUGAUGGAUUUGUCGAUAUUUACGCUGUAGACCAAAGGUACAAGCGGCUGGGUACUUGUGCUGGCAGUAGCAGUUUUAUCACACAUUUAGACUGGUCUCAGGAUAGCAAAUAUAUUCAGGUCAACAGUGGAAAAGGAGAGAGAAUCAUCUUUAAAAUACCCACAUUUAAACAAGUAACCAAUGAAGAAGAAUUGACAAGCAUUCACUGGGCUACUUUCACUGGAGUUAUUGGACCUGAGGUGAAUGGGAUUUGGGGCAAGUACACAGACACCAAUGAUGUCAAUGCAGCAGAUGCAAAUUUUGAUGGUGGUGUUCUUGCUACAGGAGAUGAUUUUGGAUUAGUUAAAGUGUUUAAAUUCCCUUCACUUAAAAAAGGGGCAAAGUUUCGCAAGUAUGUUGGUCACAGUGCACAUGUAACUAAUGUCAGGUUUUCUAAUGACCGCCACAAGCUAAUCUCAACCGGUGGUGCUGACCAUGCAGUUUUUCAGUGGAGAUUUUUAUCCCAGGGAGAAGGAGAUGAUGAUUUGCCUGAUCACAACAAUGCUUAUGCAGACUCAAAUAGUGAAGACAGUGACUCAGAUCUCUCGGAUGUUGGGUCCAUCGACUCUGAUGUGGAAAGGGAAAAGCAAGUUGAAUACAACAGGGCUGUCUAUAAAGAAGACAUUACCAACCAGAAAAAACUGGUCAAAACAUCUCUGCCACCAGGAGCUAAAAGAAAAAAUGGUCCAAAAGAGAGUCUAAAACUAGAGUUUAUUCAUGGAUACCGAGGCUAUGACUGUCGUAACAACCUGUUCUAUACUCAGACAGGGGAGGUAGUAUACCAUGUAGCUGCUACAGGAAUUGUUUACAACAGGGAGACAAACAAACAAAGGUUCUACACUGAGCACACUGAUGACAUUUUGUGCCUAUGUAUUCACCCAAUCAAGGACAUUGUUGCCACUGGUCAGGUAGGACGUGACCCUACCAUUCACAUUUGGGAUACUGAAACUCUUAAGACAGGUUCUAUCCUCAAAGGGCAGCAUCAAAGGGGAGUAUGUGCUAUUGAUUUCUCAGUUGAUGGCCUGAAGCUGGCCUCAGUUGGCCUUGAUGAUAACCAUUCUAUUGUUGUGUGGGACUGGAAGAAAGGAGAAAAGCUGGCAACAACAAGAGGUCACAAAGAUAAAAUUUUUGUCAUCAAAUGGAAUCCAUUUGACCACAGCAAAUUGGUUACUGUAGGAACCAAACACAUCAAAUUUUGGGUUCAGACAGGAGGUGGUUUCACAUCCAACAGAGGGACAAUGGGCCAGGUUGCCAAACUGUGUGACAUGAUGUGUGUGGCCUAUGGUAAGACAGCAGACGUCUGUUUUUCUGGUGGUAGUGAUGGUCAGAUUUUUGUCUGGCAAGGCAUCACCUUACAGAAAACAGUCAAGGCACAUGAAGGGCCAGUUUUUGCAAUGCAUUCCCUGGACAAGGGUUUUGUGACUGGAGGUAAAGAUGGCAUAGUGGGACUUUGGGAUGACCAGUUUGACCGCUGCCUAAAGACGUAUGCCAUUAAACGGGCAUCAUUCACUGCAGCCUCCAGUGGCAUACUGAUCCAAGAAUCCCCAGCAGUGAGAGCUAUUGUGUUGGGCCAUGGUAAAAUUUUGGUUGGAUCUAGGAAUGGCGAAGUACUUGAGAUUGACAAGGCUGGGCCCAUGACACUUUUAGCACAGGGACACAUGGAAGGUGAAGUCUGGGGUCUGGGCGUACAUCCAAGUAAACCACAAUUUGCAACUGUUAGCGAUGAUAAAACGCUGAGAAUCUGGGACUAUAGCCAGGGUAACAAGAUGGUUAACUUUAAGGAGUUGAAACAGGCAGCACGCUGUGUGGCAUAUUCCCCUGAUGGUCGUGCUCUGGCUAUUGGACAAAAAGAUGGUAGUUUUGUUGUGGUGAAUACUGAAACUAUGGAAGAGAUCAUAACACAGCAUCACAGAAAAGAGGAAAUAUGUGACAUUAGAUUCUCACCUGAUCCUGGAAAAUAUUUGGCAGUUGCUUCCCAUGACAAUUUUGUAGACAUAUACAGUGUUCUCAAGACUACAAGAGUAGGAACAUGCAAAGGGGCAUCAAGCUACAUAACUCAUAUUGACUGGGAUUUAAGAGGAAAAGUUUUAAUGGUGAAUACCGGUGCUAGAGAAGUGCUAUUUUUUGAGGCACCCAGAGGGAAAAGAAUCACUCUUCGCAAUGCAGAGAUUGAAAAGUUUGGAUGGGCUAGUUGGUCUUGUGUGCUAGGUCCAACAUGUGAAGGUAUCUGGCCACCAAAGUGUGAUGUGACUGAUGUCAAUGCUGCCUCACUGGUGAAUGGGAACCUUCUCGCCACUGCUGAUGACUUCGGUUUUGUGAAGUUAUUUGAAUACCCAGUUACGGGUAAGUUUGCCAAAUUUAAAAAAUAUUCUGGUCAUAGUGCCCAUGUCACUAAUGUCCAGUGGACAUUUGAUAAGCAGAAACUGGUUUCCCUGGGUGGGGCUGAUACUGCUGUCAUGGUUUGGAAAAGGGAAGGUAAUCAAGCUGAACAAGGGCAAAGUGAUGAUUCUGACACCGAUGAUGAAGAAGAAGGCUAUGACAGUGAUGUGGCAAGAGAGAAAAACAUUGAUUACACGACUAAAAUUUAUAUCAACCCAGUCAGGGAAAAAUCUGGUAUCAAGCCCCAUCUGCAAGAAGAAAAAGAAGAAAUAAAGCCACCAGUGAGUCGCAGUGGUCCUGAACCACCAAAAGUUCAACGCCCUGAACCUCCAGCCACAGCUGGUGGUAAAAAGAGAAAAAUUACUCAAGUCACGGACCUCCAGCUAGAGUAUAUACAUGGGUACAGAGGAUUUGAUGCAAGAAGCAAUCUGUUUUAUGUCAACGAUGGGGCAGACAUUGUACUUCAUGCAGCAGGAGCUGGCAUUGUUCAGAAUCUUGCCUCUGGUAGCCAAAGUUUUUAUUUGAAGCACACAGAUGAUAUAAUUUGCCUUGAUGUUAACCAGCAUCCCAAGAUGAAGAAUGUGAUUGCUACUGGCCAGAUUGGAACCAACCCAUCUGUUCAUGUAUGGGACUCUGUGACUAAAGAAACUCUCUCUAUAAUACAGGGGAAUCACUCUAAAGGAAUUUGCUCAGUUGACUUUUCUUGUACAGGAAAGAACUUAGUCACCGUGGGACUUGAAGAUGAGCACAACAUAGUGAUAUGGAGGUGGCAAGAUGGUACUAAAAUAGCAUCAGCUCCUGGUCAUAGUCAAAGAAUAUUCCGUGCUGAGUUUAGGCCAGAUUCUGACACCCAGCUGGUGAGUGUUGGGGUCAAGCAUGUCAAGUUUUGGUCAGUAGCUGGCAGUGAGCUUGUUGGGAAGCGAGGAAUCCUUGCUGGCACAGAUACUGUGGGCCAAGCUAAAAUGCAAACAAUGCUGUCACUAGCUUUUGGAGCUAAUAAUGUUACCUACACUGGAGCCAUGAGUGGAGACGUCUAUGUUUGGCAAGAAUCUACACUAGCCAGGGUUGUCCAAAAGGCCCAUUCUGGUCCAGUUUUUACCAUGUUCACGACAUUACGAGAUGGACUUAUAGUGACUGGUGGAAAAGAGAUGCCAGCAAAGGAUAAUGGACCAGUGAAGCUUUGGGAUCAAGAAAUGAAAAGAUGCAAGGCUUUUCCUUUAAAAGAAACAGGAAACAAGGCAGAUGUUGUUAAAGCUGUUUGCCGCGCUAAAGGCAAAAUUCUUGUUGGAACAAAAGACAACUGUAUCAUAGAAAUAACAGAAAAAACUGGAGCAGUGCAGGUUAUUUUGGCAGGGCAUGGUGAAGGUGAAGUGUGGGGGCUGGACAGACAUCCUACAGCCUCAAAAUUUAUCACAGCCAGCUAUGAUGGUACCGUCAGACUUUGGGAUAUUACUUCUAAAUCUCUUGUGGCCAAACUAGAUGUAACGGCAGCAAAGUCAGUAGCUUUCAGUCCUGAUGGGGAGCUGAUAGCUGUUGGACUCAAGACCGGAGAAUUUUUGGUUCUUUCAACUACUGGAUUAAAGUUGUGGGGCAGGAAAAGAGACAGGGCAGGCUCCAUCAAUGAUAUAAGGUUUAGCCCUAAUUCAAAGAUACUUGCUGUUGGUUCAGAUGACAAUUAUGUGGAUUUUUAUGACCUCACUCAAGGCCAAGCCUUAAACCGUGCUGGCUUCUGCUCAGGGAUAUCAAGCUUUAUCAUUAACCUUGACUUCUCAGCAGACAGUAGCUAUAUAAGGGUGUGCACUGGAGCCUAUGUUAACCAGGUGUACAAAGUUCCUGGUGGUGGUUUGGUAGAAGAUGAAUCAAUCACAGAAAAAAUUACUUGGGCCUCAUGGACAAGUAUUGUUGGACGUGAUGUUUUGGGAAUUUGGCCUCAAAAUUCCCAAAAAGCUGACAUAAAUUGUGCUCACCUCUCUCACCUAGGAAAUGCAAUAGCAACUGGGGAUGAUUUUGGACUAGUGAAACUCUUCAAUUUCCCUUGUUCACAAAAAUUUGCUGAGUACAAGAAAUAUGCAGGUCACUCAGCUCAUGUGACCAAUGUUCGCUUUAUGUUUGAUGACCGCUACCUUGUCAGCACUGGAGGAGACGACUGUUGUGUCUUUGUUUGGAGAUGUGUUUAGAAAUGCAAGAAGGCCAAAUUACUAAACAAUCAUCAGCUUCAACCGAGGUGCUCAGUCUCUGUUAAUUAUCUUUAAAAGCUAAUAUUUGAACUAUUCAUGAUGCCAAGAUCAAAAUGUUUCCUUUUAUUUUAUUUUUUUUUAAAUAUAUUCUGCAUCUUUAACAAUUUAAGCUAAUUGUAUUUGUCCAUUCAUGGGAGAAAACUUUGUUGGAUAAUUGAUUAAAUAAUUACUCUUAUAUGAUGUUAUUAAUUUAUGCUGUUGUAAAAUUAUUCGUUACUCUCAGUGAGAAUUUUAAGAAAAAUUAUACAUUUUACAUUCCAUUUUAUGCUGUCAUUAUAUUUACUAUGACAAUUAAACUUUACAAAUGUAGUAUUUUACCAUAUUAUUUUACUGUAGUUUGUAUUAAAAUUGCUUAUGUGUGUUUUGUGAUAUUCAAUUAAAGCACUGCAUGUUUUAUUUGUAAAAAGUAGGCCUACAGAUUUGUAAAAUGAAAUAUAACAUUAAUAUAAUAGAGUAAGACUUAUUCAUAAGGUAAUCAAAAUAUUUUAUUAGGUUUAUGUUAAGUAGCUGAUUAAUGUUAUUAUCUCUGUAAUUGUUAUAUUUAAUAAACUCUUAUAACACUGCCUUUUGAUACAUAUGCCUUUACAAUUUCUUUAGUGUAAUAAAAUCCAAAUAUAUUACAUAUUUUAUUAUUUUAAGAUAAGUUAUCAAUAGUCAGUGAAUACUUUUUAUUGAGAAUUUAACAUUUUCUCACACAUUAAUGGGGUGUUGAUACAUUUUUAUAAAGUAUCAUAAUUAAAAUGUAUCUAUAAAAUAUCUAACAGAUGUCACUGAUAUUGUAUCUUUUGUAGCACAAAAAAUGUAUUGAAAAGGUUAAUAACUAUAAAUGAAUUACAUGUACUAUAGUCAAUCUAUAUAAGCCUCAAUCUAUUUACUUUAUUAAGGCAGCAAUAAUCUCAUAUCAUUUUAUAGUUCAAUUUUAAUUUAUACAAAAUAAUUAAAUUUCACUUAUUUUAAAAUAAUUUUAAUGAAGUGAUUAAUUGUUUUAUAUAUGACUUUAAAUAAAAAUGCAUAUUGAAAAUCAAUAACUUGUCAUAUUUAUUUUUUGAAUCUAUUCUGUCCACUUUUUAAGCCUAUAUUUUGUAGUUAAAACUGCACCACUGUCUAAUAUUUAAGUAAACUUGAAAUGAAGCUAAUGUGUGGUAUUUUUCCAGAUACAAAUACCUAUGAUUCAAUGGAACAGGUGGAAUAUUUUUAAAAAGUUACUUUAUGAAAUUAUAGUAUUGGUAUAAUAAACUCUGUUAAAAAAAUUUUUUAGGUAAAUA